UGGGGGUUGGACAUUGGGUGGGUGGGGAGAAGACAAUGAGCCUGGAAGUCACUUAUGAAACUUGUUUUCCCUACUUCCAUUAGGGAAGACAUUUUUCGCAUUUAUAAGGAACUUGUUUUCUCAAAGAGAAUGUUUUCCAAAAUAUUUGACCAACCAAACAUGAGAAAAUUGAAAAAUAUCUUCUGGAAAAUGUUUUCCUCCAUACCAGACACACCUUAAGUCUCCCUCAUUAGUCCAUCUCAAGUUUGCCUUCUGUCUCCGAUAGACAUCUUGGAGUUUCAAUCUUCUGGUCAAAAUUGCCGCCUUCUCAUGGAGUUUCAUUCUAUAUUUCUUAGUAUUCAUUAGGAUAUAAUGUUCUCCCAGUGUCUCCACUUCCUUUUCCAGCAGCUUUGUAUCAGCAAAAAUAUCCCUAGAACCUCUUUAGACCAAAAUGAGAGUCUUUUAUUUCGUUAUUCAACCUUAAGCGCAAAUCAUUCUAGAGAAUAGUUAAUGCUGAUUAUGGUUCUGUUUCUCUCCUCUCUCUCUUUCUCUCUCUUUCUCUCUCCCACCUCUCUCAACAGUAAGCUAACAACUCCCCACCCCACCCCACCCCCCUUUCUUCCUGGCAGUGAACCAACCCUCGGCAGGUAUACUUUUCCGGCCAGGCCCCCUUAUUUUUCUCUCCUUCUCUCCUCUCUUCUCUUUUCCUUUCUUUUCUUUGUUUUUUUUGCCUCUGGUCUUCUCGUUGUUGCACUUGGAAACCUCCGCCAGUGGGUUUCCAGUGGUGAACAGUACUCCGACGGCGAACAGGUUUUUUUUUUGUUUUGAAAUUGUUUACACCUGGAGUUGGUACCUCUGGUGGCUCAUAUUAAUUCAUGUGUCUUUUAAUCUUGUUAAAUCUUGCCUGCUACACAUUCUUGACUCUUGACUUUAAAUUCUUGCAUUUGUUCCUUUAGCUUAUAGUGCUAUUUUCUUGUCAUAGUAACUUGACCUGCAGUCUCUUGAUAACUGUGCUUUAGUAUUGAUUCUUGUUUGUUCUAGAUAAAUCUUUGAUUUGCUUUUAUUUCCCUUGGUGGCUAUAGUGAGUGAUGGUAGACUAGGGUCAUGUUCUCGGUCGGGGGGGUAAGUGGGGUCAGGGAGCGUCUAGGUUGAGAGUAGGGUUCUGGAACAUUGAGACUUUGACGGGGAAGUCCAUAGAGCUAGUUAAGAUUCUUAAGGAGAGGAAGAUGAAUAUAGGUUGCGUCCAAGAGACCAAAUGGGUAGGAUCUAAAGCUAAGGAUGUGGACGGGUAUAAGUUAUGGUUCUCGGGUAAGUCAAUGUAUAGGAAUGGAGUAGGCAUUUUAGUAGAUAGUGAGCUAAGGGACCAGGCCGUAGAGGUUAGGAGGGUCAAUGACCGGAUGAUGGCGGUUAAGUUAGUUGUGGGAGGGUUUACCUUGAACAUUAUUAGUGCUUACGCGCCACAAGCGGGCUUUGAUGAGGAGGAGAAGAGACGCUUUUGGGAGGAUUUGGAUGGAGUGGUGGGAGGUAUACCGCCCACCGAGAAGUUAUUCAUCGGAGGAGAUUUCAAUGGACACAUCGGCUCUACCUCGGGGGGUUAUGAUGAUGAGCAUGGAGGUUUCGGCUUCGGAGUCAGGAAUGGAGGAGUCUCACUUCUGGAUUUCGCUAAAGACUUUGGAUUGGUAGUAGCUAACUCGCGUUUCCCGAAGAGGGAGCAGCACUUGAUAACCUUUCGUAGUUCGACGGCUGCGACGCAGAUAGACUUUUUGCUCCUUAGAAAAGAGGAUAAAGGUCUUUGUAAAGACUGCAAGGUCAUUCUGAGUGAGAACCUUACGACCCGACAUAAGCUUUUGGUGAUGGAUUUGGGGAUUACGAGGAAGAAGAGGAAGAGGGUCACGGAUGACCUACCAAGGAUCAGGUGGGGGAGUCUGACUUUGUCGAGUGCCCAGGAGAUGGAGGAGAAGUUGAUGGCUAUGGGGGCUUGGGAAAGUAGGGGGGACGUGAGCAGUAUGUGGGAUAGGACGGCGAGUUGCAUUAGGGAAACAACUAGAGAUGUCCUGGGAGUCUCAAGAGGUCGCCGUGGUAGGCGACGAGGGGACUGGAGAAGUCCAGGGAAAGGUGGAAGCAAAGAAAGUAGCGUACGCGAGGUUGGUAGACAACAAAAAUGAGGAGAAGUGAACGAAUAGGGAAAGGUAUAAGAUUGCGAGAAAGGAAGCGAAGUUGGCAGUUUCGGCGGCAAAACGGCAGCUUUCGAACGUCUAUAUGCAGAACUACAGGACAAAGGCGGGGAUAAGAAGUUGUUCAGGCUAGCCAAGGCGAGGGAGAGAAAGGCAAGGGACCUGGAUCGAGUAAAGUGUGUCAAGAACGAGGAUGACAAAGUAUUGGUAGAGGAAGCUCUCAUUAGAGGGAGAUGACAGUCAUACUUCCAUAAACUCUUGAACGAGGAAGGUGAUAGAGACAUUGUGUUGGGAGAUUUGGAGUACCCUGAGAGGCGUCGCGACUUUGUAGGAGUAUAAAGGUGGAGGAGGUUAAGGGUGUUGUUCGCAGGAUGCGCAAGGGAAGAGCUACCGGUCCUGACAAGAUCCCUGGGGAGUUUUGGAAGAGUGCGGGCAGGGCAGGUUUGGAGUGGUUGACUGGAUUGUUUAAUGUUAUUUUUAAGACGGUGAAGAUGCUUGAGGAAUGGAGGUGGAGUAUGAUGGUCCCUUUGUAUAAGAACAAAGGUGAUAUUCAAAGUUGCAACUACUAUAGAGGGAUCAAGCUGCUAAGCCACACUAUGAAGUGUGGGAAAGGGUGGUGGAGAUGAGGGUGAGAAGAGGCGUGUCCAUUUCAGAGAACCAGUUCGGAUUCAUGUCGGGGCGCUCGACUACAGAAGCCAUCCAUCUUGUGAGGAGACUAGUGGAGCAGUAUAGGGAGAGGAAGAAGGACCUGCACAUGAUUUUCAUCGACCUAGAAAAGGCUUACGACAAUGUGCCAAGAGAGGUUUUAUGGAGAUGCUUGGAGGCCAGAGGUGUACCUGUAGCGUACACUAGGGUGAUCAAGGACAUGUAUGAGGGAGCCAAGACCAGGGUAAGGACAGUGGGAGGAGACUCGGAGCACUUCCCAGUGGAGAUGGGGUUGCACUAAGGAUCAGCUCUUAGUCCAUUUUUACUUGCUCUAGUGAUGGAUUGUCUGACGUGGCGAAUUCAAGGUGAGGUGCCAUGGUGUAUGUUAUUUGCGGAUGACAUAGUCUUGAUCGACGAGACACGCAGCGGAGCGAACGCUAAGCUGGAGGUUUGGAGACAAACUCUGGAGUCUAAAGGGUUCAAGUUGAGUAGGAUCAAGACAGAGUACAUGGAGUGCAAGUUCAGUGACGUGACACAUGAGUCUGGCGUGGAAGUGAGGCUUGGUACCCAGGUCAUCCCAAAGAAAAGAAGUUUCAAAUAUCUCGGGUCUAUUAUACAAGAAAAUGGGAAUAUUGACGAUGAUGUCUCACAUCGUAUUGGCGCAGGGUGGAUGAAAUGGAGGCUUGCUUCAGGAGUGCUGUGUCAUAAGAAGGUGCCACCAAAACUUACAGGCAGGUUCUACAAAGUGGUUGUGAGACCGACCUUGUUGUACGGGGCAGAGUGUUGGGCAGACAAGAGCUCUCACGUCCAAAAGAUGAAAGUUGCGGAAAUGAGAAUGUUGCGAUGGAUGUGUGGGCACACCAGGCGAGAUAGGAUUAGGAAUGAAGAUAUCCGGGAUAAGGUUGGAGUAGCAUCAGUGGAGGACAAGAUGAGGGAAGCGAGGCUGAGAUGGUUUGGACAUGUGAGGAGGAGAGGCACAUAUGCCCCAGUGCGGAGGUGUGAGAGGUUAGCUAUGGAUGGUUUCAGAAGAGGUCGGGGUAGGUCGAAAAAGUAUUGGGGGGAGGUGCUGAGACAGGACAUGGCGCAGGUUCAGCUUACCGAGGACAUGACCUUAGAUAAGAGGUUUUGGAGGACUCAGAUUAGGGUAGAAGGCUAGUAGGUAGUUGUUUCGAUCUAUAGUCUAUUGUCCUUUGUUUCUUGCUACUAUAUGUGGUUUGUUAUACUUCGAUUAUCUUAUUUAUCUGUGGUAGCUACUGCUCCCUUUUUUCAGCUGCUCUAUUUUGACUUAUUCGCUUUCUUUAGUUUCAUUUGCAUUUUGCUUUGAACUGUUUGUGCUUAUCUAACCUUUCUUGUUGUGAUUUCUCUUGAGCCGAGGGUCUUUCGGAAACAACCUCCUUGUCUUCCGAGAUAGGGGUAUGGUCUGCGUACAGUUUACCCUCCCCAGAACAUACCCUUCACUGGGUAUGUUGUUGUUGUUGUAACCUUAAGUGGAAUUUCGAGAGAUGACUCCCUUCCACAUUUAUAUCUGAAGCUUUUUUUUAACCAGAUCCUCACUGUGUAUUCCAUCUUCAUUAUCACUAGAAGUGUUUCCACUUAUGCUCUCUUACUCUGCAUCCCCAUCUGAAGUAAAUUAUAUGUCAGGAUCAGGGGAUCUGUGUUGUUGUGUGGGAUAUCAACUUGGAAAGGUUCAUGUUAUUCAGACAGAUGAAGUUUCUUAUGUUUUAGUUCAUAAUGAAAUAUUCCCAGUUUUCUAAAAUAGUUCUUUAUUUUAGCCUUAAAGAAAAAAGAUAUUCUGUUAUAUUGUAGAACAUAUUCAACUAUUUGCAACUAAUUCUUGGCAUUAUUCAGUUGAGUGUUCUGUAUAUCAACUUAAUCAGGAGAUUCAUGAACAAAAGAUGGUGACUGUAUAGGGUGUUAUAGUUAGUUUCUUGGUUGCCAUCUGUAGUCUUUUGGAUUGUCUAAGGUUGAGAUUGGUUUAUCUAUGGUUGGGCGAGUUCCUUCCAGGUUAUUAUGUGGUUCUGCGGUGGAGAUAGUUUGGAUUGCUUGGAAUUGGAUAAGAGGUGUGAUUUUUUGCUUUGUCAAGGAUUUAUUUAAGGAGGCUGACUUAUCUGAUGGUAAUUGAGACACUUAUUUUUUUUUAAUUGCUAACAUCAUGGUUUGGGUGGUCCUUUAGAACCUGAUCGCUUACUAGCGUGAGUUUGGAAUUGUUGUCCUGUUGUGGUGCGUCCUGUUUCUUGCCUUGUUCCUGAUUCUCUCUAUUAGUCAUUGGUUACUCAACCCGAUUGUAUUUCUGUGUGAUCUAUUUUUCUGUUUCUCCUCCCAACCAUCUAUAAUGGUACUAUUCGUCGUCAUUAGUUUGGUUGUGAGUUUCAGGUUCCAUAGCUUGCUCCUUUUCUUUUUCUUUGUUUUGUCUCACUGUUGCUUCCAUGCCAUUUUUUAGUGUAACAGGUUUGUUCUGAAUGCCCCUAUAAAAGCCAGAAUCCAUCCUCACUGCUAUUUCAAUCUGUUGUAGCCCAUAUAAAAAUUGAUCCUCACGUGGCUUAGAUAAAUCAAUUUAAAUUCUAAUGUUCUGAAUGUUCCUGUAAAAGCCAGAAUCCAUCCUCACUGCUAUUUCAAUCUGUUGUAGGCCGUAUAAAAAUUGAUCCCCACGAGGCUUAGAUAAAUCAAUUUCAAUUCUAAGUUUAGCUACAUUCAUUGUGAUUUGCAACAGGUUUCUUAUUACGGGCUAAUCUUGUCCAAUGGAACUUACCAUUUUUAACAGAAUGUUCCGUUGAAGGAGAUGUAAUGGUAGUGGGUGUAGCAAAAUCCAAUCAGGGGUAAGAGGGGUUUCCAUUUCUAAGACGAAAUCCAGUGACUAUGGUCAUUGGGUAGCCAGCAGUGCUACACAUCUUUUGAAGCAUAUAGUAUUGUAAUCUUCUGGGGUAGUGAAAUCCAAAUUGACACGCUUUGGUUCAAAAUAUACAAUUUUAACACGACCUUUGGGGAACUAAUUAUUUAUUGUAAGGCAACUAGAUAAUAGAAUCACAACUGGGCUCUUCAACAAAACAGAACAACAGUAACUGUCUUUAUUUUUUGCACGAAAACCUCUCAACACUUAAAUAAUCAUUUAAGCAGCAAUCAAAUUCACCGAAGACCUUCAACUGCCUCGAGUUACACGAAAUCCAUAGGAAAUUGUUAUCAUGUCAUGAGAAGGUUGAACUCCACGACAUUGUACUAAAAUUUUAAGUUGCAAUAAUUGAAUUACAUGACGGUUUGCUAGAGUUGCACUUGUAGAAGUUAA